AUGCCGUUUCCUUUAAAAUCGAUUCUUAAACCUGCAAUCCCGGUAUCCCCGCUCCAAUCCAUUCCGACAUUCGAAGAAACGCGAAGAAAAACACCCGCGCGCAGCCCCCAACGACCGAGUAAUUAUACAGGCAAGAAUCUUCUUAUUGACUUUUCUACUCCACCCUCUGCCCCCGUCGUUGGGACUGAAAACCUGCCAAACCCUUAUGAUACAUUCAACCCUACCCCGGCCCGUAACGGGGGACAAUCGCGAUCUGAGCAAGAACGACAAAUAGCGGAAAGAGAGCGAGACGCGAGGGAGAAGCAUGAGCGCGCGAAACAGCUGGCACUCGAGCAGCGCGCCGCUCGAAGGAAAUCUAUGGAUCCUCCUUAUACUCCUGAUGAAGAAAACAAUGACCUCGAACAAUUCUCUCCGGCGGACCAGCGGCACCUACACCAACGGAGUCGGAGGCGCAGUUCCGGGAUUUCUCCAGAUGAGUUAGAUAAUAUCGACGACGCAUUUUCUUCAAGUCCAUUUAGUGGUGACUUAGAUGGUGACGAUACUGGUAUAGCCUCUUUAGCUCCCGACAAUGAUGAUGACAUUUCGGACUCAGACGUCGAUAAUGAAAGCACUGCAAUGAGUCUUGACAAUGCGACCGGCCGUUCAGUGGUAUCAACGCGUUCCGAUGGUUCCAACACUGACUCAAGCACUCGGCUUGAUCAAUCGUUGCGGCUAGCGGCGCGGAUUGCUGGGACAAACGGCAUUGAUUAUGAUGAAAAUGAAGAUUUAUCUGUAGCAUAUGCCAACCAUGAAAUCGCUGGCGCCUUUAAACCAUGGAUUAAGAGAGGGGCUGAUCGCUCGGAGCUUGAUGCUGAGGACUUGAGCUCGCGACUUGACCAAGAGAAUAUGAACCCCUUUCGUCAGUCAACGGGAUAUCCGCAAUCUCAACCUGGCGAGGACGACGUCGAGGAUGGUAUGGAUUUGACGAAACCGGUUGGAGGAAUCCUUUUACAGAAGGAAAAUAAGGAUUCUGAGUAUGGCUCUAAAAUCGGCCGACGGUUAUCUACCGCAAUAUCACAUACGGAUGAACAGACCAUGGAGUUUACGAAUGUGAUCGGCGGCAUUCAUAAGGACCUCUCGCCUUCAAAGGGCUUUUCUGGAGAUAGUGAUAUCGCAGAAGACGAGGAGAUGACCAUGGAAUUUACAUCGGUUGUUGGGGGCGUGCUUAAAAAGAAUAUUCCCCAGCAGGGGAUCUCAAUCACGAACGGGGAGCAGACAUAUGGAACUCAUGAACCGGAGAGCGACCCUCUUUACCCAGAUCUAACGGAAGUGGAUAUGGAUAUGACUGGGGCUGUGGGAGGCAUACUCCCUCCUAUCGAAGAGCAGACAGAGCCUCUCGAGGACGAAACUUUUGGAAUGGAAAUGACCAACGCAAUUGGCAAAAUUUUACCGUCUCUUCGGCCCACCGCAAGCGCUAGACGCAAUGAUGAUUUAGAACCAGAACCUGUUAGCUCGCCGUUUCAAGAAAACAUUAUGCCAUCUCCGCCGAAACCUACAACACCAUUGCGUGUUACAUCUGUGCCGUUCUAUGAUGGAAGCCCUAGCUUGUCGAACAUGCGGCUCAACCCAGGGAAAUCAAGAAGUUCAGGAGCUCACUUCUCUACAACCCCGACAAAAUCAGUUUCUGGCCAAAUAACACCAGUCAAAAGGGCUCCGUCGGUUCGGAAGUCCCCCCACUCCCUGAAAUCGGUAACGCCUACCACUCCUACAACCACUCCACCAUCGCGAAAGGCCCAUUUGUCUCCAAAAAAGAUAUCCAAACCGGAAUCCCAUCAACCCACGUUGACGCCGGGGUCUAUUUUUCAUCACAACAAGGAAAAGGGACAAUCCACCCCCACGAUCGUCUUCCAGGCCCGUAGACGAUCGCCCUCGGGAUUAGGCAUUGACAAAGAAGGCCUUGGAUCGCCUAUUGUGGCUGCUAUCUUGGACAGGAGACGAUCAAUCGGAGAAGAUGCACAAGAGUUUACCCCGAAAGCACAGAUAACACGAGGUGUUCGGUUCAACGAGCCGAGCGAGCUCAAAAGGGGCGGCAGUAAAGAAGAGCUACAAAAGUGCGACCAGCAUGGCACUCUAGGAACGGGUAGCCCAUCUACCGGGUGUGACGCUGGACAGAACAUCCGGGAUCUGAUAUCUAGCCUGACUCCAAAGAAGAACAAACUCAAAAGCCGCAAAAGUUUACACGUUGGAAGUGCCAAAGGCGUACUAGGAAAACGGCCCGUUGAACUUGACAUGGAAGAGGACGAAGAGGACACACCAAAGCGACUUAGGGCUAGAGAAUCUAGCCCUGUCAAAAAAAUCAAACUUCCAGCUCCUCCUUCCAAAGCGGAAACCGUAGGAAGAAUAUCUCGGUUUUCCCCCAAUAAGACAAGAGAGUCGCCCUUCCGGACCGUUGUAGCUACCCGUGAGCCAUCACAGUUUAAAGGAACUGAACUCGAAGCUUCGGCGAAUGCCCAACGCCAUGGUAUUACUCCUGAAGCUGAGAUCGUCGCCGAUGGAGAUUCGAAUCCUGCUGUGGUGGAGGCUAAACCUCUACAGUUAUCGGAGUUUCUCGAGAUGACAAAUAUUCAUUUCAUGGAGCUCACUACAACAAAGCGGCGGCACACCUUAGCUCCUGAUACCGACAAAAAGCAUAUCGUAGAUGACAAUGAUGAGGGGUCAAAAGACAUCAACCUUGAGGAUUGUGUUGCUGCCGGUUUUUGCACCAUUCCCAUGCUGGAGCUAUAUCAACACUCUUGUCGCGAGCUUAAAUCAUAUAUCUCUGAAGGUCGACGAAUAAUUCGUUCGAUCGAAGCUGAAACUUAUGCUGAAAACCCUCCCCUCUUCCAAGAAUAUGUUACCGCGCCGCCUGAUAUCCGUCUGUUAAUGGAUAAUCAGUUCCGCAACGUCAAAGCUCACGCCAGGCUUUUAAGUAAAUCUAUGUGGUAUGAAUGGCGCAUGAAGCUUCUUGAGGGUUUAAAACAAGGCUUAAAUCGUCACGUUGAGGAGAUGAAUCAAGACGCCGAAGUGCUAUCGAAGAAAGAGAUAUUGUUGGAUAACAUUGUGCCUGAGCUGAUUGAGAAACAGGCGAGGCUACAAAUUGACGCACAUAAUCUUCAGAAAGCAGUAGAGGAGAUGGAAAACUGCGAUCAAGAACAACUGAAGCAGGCCAGAGAGAAACUAAAGACCAUGGAACUCGAAAUAACUCAACGGAAAAGGGAUUUGCAUGAAGCACAAUCAAAUUUAGAGAAGAGUUCUGAUAUCAUCGAGAAGGGGACAAAGCAACGGAUGCAAUUACUGAAGGAAAUUCAAGAAGCAGACCACAUUCUAGAAGAACGCCGGGGGUGGAGUGUAAAGGAAGUUUAUAAUCUGAAAGCUGCUGCCCAAGACCUGGAGAGAAGCUCUGGCUGGACGAUUAUAUCCGUAAAUCCAACCCCUGAUUCGAAAGACGGCGCAACGCUCUCUAUGCGAUAUGGCGACGAGCUUAAACUUGACUUCCACCCAGAAGCAUUUCACUUCCAAUCAACUUCUAACUCAGCCAAGGGUCGACAGUCGAAAAAUAUGCCUGUCAUGCUUUGUUACUCACCACAAUCCAGCCGAGCAGCCACCGCGGGCGAUGUUGGUCUAACCGCUGAGAUGGCACUGAUGCUUCAUGCUCUCCGUAUGCGUAUAUCCCAUCUUACCCAAUCAUCCAUGUCUCCCAAAGCAUUUCUCUCUGGUAUCUCCCGAACAUGGAGUACGGCCUCUUCCAUGCGAAACGAGAUCUGCAUGCUUGGAUACUGUGGCGUUACUAAAUCCAAGACCGUUGAAGCCAACCCUGGGGAGCCGGCAUUGCUCAAAGUUCGAUGUAUCCUUCUCGGCUACAGAACAGAAACGAAACGCCACAAGAAAUCUCCAUUGGCACCCAUAGUUCCGGUUGGGGGCAAAUGCAAAGCCAGGAUCGAUGUUGACUUUACUAUCAAGCCCCGCCCCGUGCUCGCGAAAAGCGAAAUUGAAGGGCACGAGGUGGAGGUUGACGUGGACGUUGAUGUGUCUGCGGGUAAAAUUUACGGUUUCUCAAAGAGUGAUGACGAGUUAGACAUGUCUGAGGAGCGAAUUGGUGAGUUUCUUACACAGUUGGUUCAGCGGCAGGAUGGGAAAGGGAAAGCAUUUGGAAAAGGUCUAUGGAGGGAUGCUGUAAAGGAAUUGGAAAGGAAGGUGUUUUGUUAA